AUGAAAUCCGUUCUUCCCAUACUUUUAGGCUCCGUCCUGCUGCUGUUGAUCAGCAGUCCGAUUGAGAGCGCUGCUGGAAACCCAUCAGUCUACAACCGCGACCAGGGCAAGAAAGCUGGCGGACCAGCGGGAAGCGAGGACGCGAACUCUCUCGACGAAAACCCCAUCCUCGGGGAUGGAAACCUAGGGCGCGAUGACACCGUCGCGAAAGCAAACAAGCGUUAUUGGGAGUGUCGAGAUAAUUUGGAGCCUAAGAAGCAUUAUGUUCUCUACUGCCUUUACGAAUCGGCGGGCGGGAGUGAGUCGAGCAUCUUUGUCAACCUCCCCUCGAUGGAUUCCCUGUGCAGACCAUAG